AUGCCUUACGCCCUUCCUACAGACCACAUUACCUCACCAUCGUCCUCAACGGUCACCACCACGGCGGCGCCCCGCUCCCACCGCCGCACUCGCUCCUCGGGCAACUUUUCUGAAGAGCGCGGUCCCGGAGCUUUCGUCUCCCUCGGCACACUCCCCCGCUCGCAUAAAAAGGCUGUCUUCCACCUCGGCCUGCACGAUGACGAUGCCGCUCACGACGACGACGACGCGCCCCAGCCUACGCCGCGCCCUAGUCUCGCCUAUGUGUCCCCGCACCGCUCGUACCUCUCUCCCACCAAUUCCCUCCGUCUGUCGAUGAACAACGGCAGGUUCUCCCCAUCUAUCGAACCACCUUCACGCAUCGACAUACCACCACCCGCACCCGCGUCCGUACCCUUCCCAACCUCAUCACCCAGUUCCCCGGGCGGUUCUUCCUCUCCAUUUUUCCUUGCCCCAUCUGCGACCACCAACUCCUCACCGCCUACAGCAUCCCUCACACGCACUCCCAGCACACCUAUAAUCCUCUCCAACGGCAAGCCUCUCAAGCCCUCGUUGAAGUCUUCAUCCUCGUCGCCCAACAUAGCCGACGCUCUCGGACGCGCCGCGACGAAGCACCUCCGUGCCCAGUCCGCGCCAUCGACGCCCGGGGGGCCGAAGAACGUUCACUUCGCUGACAAAGACUCGGGGCUCGAGACUGUCCGUGUGUUCUCUCGUUCUGGCAAGCCUGCCUCUCUUUCGAAGCCGUCUGGCGAAGAGACAGAAACCGAGACGGAGGCGGAGGGUCCCAAUGUGCCUUCAGGGUCGAACUCGUUCCCUUUCCCGUCAAUAGCGUCUGCGGAACUGCCGCUUUACGAGAUCGACACCAGCUCGGGGCGUACGAGCUCUGUGCCCGUGCCCAUGCCCUCGCCAUACGCAAAUGUGCAUUUGGAGACACUCGCGCUCCCACGUACGAGACCCCCGGCGCUGCGCGGAACGGUGCUUGUGCGGAACAUCUCGUUCGAGAAGCGCGUUGCGGUGCGUUUCACGCUGGACGACUGGCAGACGACGAGCGAGGUUACAUGCAGGCACGUCGUGAGCCUGCCGAGCCUGCCACCGCCGUUCCCGCACCCGCGGACGGUGGGCGACCUGGCGGGGAGCAUCGCGAGCGGGGACCGAGCAGCGAAGGAGGAUGAGGGAAUGCUGAGCUGGGAUCGAUUCAGCUUCAUAAUCCGGUUGGAGGACUACGAGCACAAGCUUGCCGAGCGCACUCUCUUCCUCGUCACGCGCUACGCCCCCAGCUGCGGCGGCGAGUGGUGGGACAACAACAGCGGCCAGAACUUCCGCGUCGGCUUCCGCCGUGCGCCGCCCUCGCCCGCGACGCACUCGCACAACUUCGCCGGCAUGGGCCUCGGCAUGGGAAUCGGCCUUGGUACAGGUGAAAUCCAUUCUCAGCAGCGCACGUUCAGCGCGCCGAGUACGCUUCGGACGACCCCGACGAGUGGUGCGCUUGCGCAGGGGCCAGAGGGUCCCGAGGAAGGUGAAAAUGCGAGCGCGAAUGCACGAAUGGUUGCGUUGGCGAAGGCGCAGGUCGAAUCUGUGCGCCAAAUGCAGAUGAAGAGCAAGGUGUAUGCGCCGCAGCUUAUGCGCUCGGCGUCGAAUCCCCUACCGGCGACACCCCCUGCGGAUCUUCUGUCGCUGUAUGCGGCGGACUCGCGGUCGAGCUCGGUGCCAAAUAGCCCCGUGCAGGGCUACAUCAACAAGCGGCUCAGCUUGUCGAACUACGUUGCACCGGGGAGCGCGAGCUCGGGGUCGUCAAUGGUCACGCCACCUUUAACACCGCCGAAUGGAGGGAGCGGGCGGGUACGGAGCGCCAGUCUGCCGGUUGGUGUUGGCUUGAGCGCGGAUGUGCCGCUGAAAGAAUCGGAGGUGCCGAUUGAGGAGGAGGAUGAAGAUCUAGGGGAUACGACUGCCCUUCCACAUGAGGCCAAUGUUUCAUCCCCCGACGCGAUUACUAGCGAGCAGCCCGUCACUGCGCUAGAGCCCCUCGACUUCAAGCUGCCGUGGACGGGCCCGAGCGGGUUCGGCGCGCAUAUGGGGACUGGGCUGGGCAUCGAGUUCCCUGUGUCGGCCUCGGAAGUGCCCUCGCAGACUCAAGAACAGCUGAUGAGCCCACCGAGUUCGCCUUCGCAUGAGCAGGCAUCAUUAGGCCUCGGUCUCGAUGUUGGGGAACAGGGGCACCAGGCAAUCUCUGCGCACACGCAACACAGGAACGCGCUGCAGAGCACAAUUUCCAUAAGCCUUCCGUCUUUGUCGUCAGGCAGCAGCUCACCAGCGUCAUCUGGCGCGUCGACGCCCGCGCUGCGCGACCCGACAUAUGCGGCGCUCAUCCGGAACUGGUGUUUCACGGGCUCGCCGACAGGGACACCUGUAGGCCGCGGGACUGCCGUUGCAGCUCCUCCCGUCUCGUAUGGAUUCCCUGCGUUUGGGAGUGGAUUCGGCAUGAUGGAUGCGGGGAUGGUGGGAGGGCGCAGCGUGGCCUCUGUGCGCGCUGCGCUGUGCGUGCGGUCCCUUUUCAAUGCUGCUCCCCUUUGCGGUGAUAUGUUGCUCGCCAGCACGUCAUGGGUUGCUGCCCGCGUCCGACUUCCCUCUCCUGAAUACGUACACCCCGCGCUACCCCGCAUCUCCCCGCAACGUCUCCUCUACACGACCACCCUCGCCUACCCUUACCCCCGCCCGCUCCUGCCUAACCCGACGAUACCCAUCGCUGCGCACGACCUCAGCUGACACGUGUACUCGUGCUCGGACGAUUUUGACGUUACGUUGCUCGCUUCACGCUCGGGCGCUGGUGAUGCAGGACGUAACGACCGGACGGACCUUGCGACAGCUGAUGUUAGACGCCGCGAUGGAUGCCAAAAGAAAAA